UAUACCAUCGUUAACUAGAAUUUGUUAUAGUUGUUAAUAAAGGAAUAGUCAUUUUGUCAUUUUGAGGCUUCAUCCACUCAACCAUAUUUACUGAAUUUUAAGGAGUAUUAAUUUAAGUGCAUAAAUGGGAAGAAAUUGAAUGAAUGUACCACUGUUAUAAUAAUCACAAUGUCGCAUCUACAGUGCUAUGAUAUAGACUACACAGGAGGUCUUAUGGAGAAAAUUCAGGCUCUUGUUGCUCCGCCCCAAAGUGAAGAAAGCAUUCGUCGAGAAAAAAGAUUAAAAGCUGCAGAACGUGAAAUGUGGAGAAAACGUUGCAAUCAUGAAACUUGUGAUGCUUGUGGGGAAGGGGGAGAUUUACUUUGUUGUGAUCGAUGUCCGGCGGCUUUUCAUUUACAAUGCUGCAACCCACCUUUGGAAGAAGACAUGGUGCCACCUGGUGAAUGGGCUUGUCAUAGAUGUGUGGUUACAGGGAAUGUCAAGAAUAAAGAAGAAGGUCACCAUCGGCACACCCUGACCCCUGCCGCAAUGGCAUUAUUAAAAGAAGAUUUAAAAUCAGAAGAUGAAGAAAGUAAACAAACGAGUACAGAUGUGAAAAAGCCGAAUGAAAAUACUACAACUUCAAAAAUAAUGCCUGAAAAGUCUGGAGCAGUUGCCAUGGUACCAGUUAAAAAGAAAACAGUGAGAUCACCAUCUGCUACAAACAACAAUAACAACAAUCCGUCUCCACAGGAUGUUAAACCUAAUUCUAAUACAAAUAAUAAAGAUUGGAGAAAAAAUGUGAUAAAACUAAUGACAAGAGGACAGCAGGCUGCUAUACAGGAGGCCAAGGAAGCAGCACUACCGAAAAUCAGCAAAGAAAGUCCUUUUGCAAUGUUGAUAAAAGCAGCAUGUCUACAUAAUACAUCUUUAUUCAAGAUUCCUAAUGAACUGGUGCCAAAUGAACCUUUGCCUGGCACCAGAAGAGGGAGAAAGUUCAAUGAUAGAGGUCCGGGACGCACGAAAAAAUCUCAACCACAUGAACUAGAUCACAAUGGUCUUGUAACUCUUCCUGCUAAAGUUUGUUUUUUAUGUGGAAGAUCAUGUCAAAAGAGAAUCCUGAUCAGUUGUGACUAUUGUCCUCUUUUGUUUCAUCUUGAUUGUCUUGAUCCACCACUUACCAAUCCACCUGGUAGUAGAUGGAUGUGUCCGAACCACGCAGAAUCAGCUUUGUUGAAAGAACAUCGACAAUCAAUGUCUGAAAGAAUUAAAAUUUUAAACAAAUAUAGUUCAAAGAUUAAUCAGCAUCGAAUUAAACUUGAGUUUUUGGGGAAAAUGCACAGGUCUCUUCCCCUUCAAGAUAAAAUACAGCAACCUGUAUUCAGCAGAAUGAAAGUCCCUCAGUCAAUCAAAGAUCAUUAUACUCAACCUUCUCCAUCUCUACCUCCUCCCUCAGAGAAAUAUCUCAAAUCGAUAGGAAUGCACACUAGAGAACCUUUAGUGAUUACAAAUUCAAAUCUUUCUGUUUCUUCGACCAGUGGAGUGGCAUCGAUAUACCACAACAAUAUAGCAUCAUUACGAACUUAUGGUGCCUCCAAUGCCAUGCUACAAAAUGAUCUGACAUCUGAUCAAGAAAUUUGGCUUAAAGCAGUUAUAAGUUUACAAUCUGAAGCAGCAUUACUUUUAGAGAAAUCAAAGUUAAACUCUGCACCAAAUGUUGAUGCCACGACUUCACAAAGUGUCACAGAAAUGAGCGGCACCGAAUCCAUGUCACCAUUGUCUAAUUUAGACUCUGAAGACAUGUAUGAACAUAGUAGUAAAUCACUAAAGCCAUCUAUAAAACAACACGAACAUGAAAACUUCCCAAAGUCAUUAAAAGCUAUCGCUAAAGAAGUGAUUAAUGGACAAAUAAAUUCAAAAUCCUAUCCAAUAAAGGAAUCAAAUCUUACUAACGGAACUACAAGACCUAAUAGUGCGAUGUCGCUUUCGCCAAACGCUGAAAACUGCGAUAAAACUGUUACAAUGAAACAAAAUAAAAAAUCUCUCAAACGAAGAAAUUCCGAUCCAGGGUAUCCCAGCCCAGCGAAACAACAAAAAAUAAUUUGUAAUGGUGGUGAAAAAGUCAUCUGCUCUCCAGAUGAAUCACCACUCUGCAAUGGGAAUUUGUAUUCUUCAACAGAUAAGAAUAUUUCUAUGGAUAAGGUUACACUGAAUGGUCGUGUUGUUCAUAGUGAAACGUCUGAAGACAACCUUGAAGCUAAAGAUGAGAUAGAUAACAUUAUUACCAAUGGUUGGGAUGAAAAUAUAUACAAAUCACAGAAUAAAGAUAGUGAAGUCAGAGUGAAUACGCAGGUCACACAGAAUGAGACUCUAUUCCAAUCAAUAAAAAAUGAUUACAAUGAUGGUGAUUGUAAAAAAACUGAAGAAAAAGAAAAAUCAGAAUUAUGCCCAUCAGAUCCACUGAAGUUUUUGGAUGAAAAUCUCAUCAGAUUGUUGGCUUUACAGAGAUUUCAACAAUUGGGUGGCAAUAUAGCCCAGGUGAACAGUCAAGAGAUUUCCCAAACUGUCUCUAAUCUAUUGACAAAAGCAGACAAUGGUCAAAAAACAUUCGAAUUGCAACACAAUCAACAAAUCAAAAUAGAAUCGUCAACUCCAGUCUCAGUAAACAUGGCUGAGCAAACUACAGACUCAAAAAAGAUGAUCAAACACGACCCAGUUCCAUGUGAAAAUGUUAUUGAAGAAAACCCGAUGGAGGUGAACAUGCCAGGAAAAGAUACAUCUUCCCUCAAAACUGAAAUUUUGUCAAGUAAAGAAAGACAGAAAUCUAAUACACAACCGUAUGCAUCAAGAGCUUGUUUAUCUUCUGUUAAUUCUGAUGUUCAUGAGAUCCAUAAGAUCUCAUUCAGGUCAUGUACUAUAGGAACAUCGUCGCAAUGUGAUUUAAUUUUAAAUAAUCACAACCAUUGUAAAUUCGUUUCACCUAUACAUGCAAGGAUAUUUUAUGAUGAGGUCAGUCAACGCUACGAACUACUCAACUACAGCUGCCAUGGGACGUCUGUUAACGGUUACACAUAUGGAAUGGAUACAUCGUCUCCAUCAAACAAGCAAGCCAAUAAAUAUCACAAAAUAAGCAGUGGUCACAAAUUACAUUCACCUCAAAGUUUAAAACUAGCCAAAACUGUUCGGUCGAUCAUCAAAAAAGGGAAAAAUAAAGACAAAGAAAUUUCUGGUCAUCAACGAUCUACAAGGGGGUUUUCAUCAGAUAAAGUGAUGGCACUAAAAGUACCGAAAUUACCUACAGCAUGUGAAUGCCCAAACAAACGAAAAGAAAAAUGUGGCUGGGAAGGUGGGGCGAUUCUUAACCAUGGUUCCGUUAUUUGCUUUGGAUGUCACAAAUUCGUCUUCAGUAUGUCUGAAUUUUCAACAAGUAAAUUAACUGUGAAACAAAAGACUUCAAUAAGUCCUUCACGUUGGAAGAGAACUGCUGAAAAAAUAUCGUUUUAUCAAAUCAAUAAACGUAAAGGAUUAACGAAGACUAAACCGAACGUCAACAAACCCAUCAAACAAGGUAUUUCCCAAAUCAAAAUGGUGGAUCAUAAAAAAGUUAUCAAUCCGAUGCGUCAAAGAUUUGAAAUGACUUCGAAAGGUCCUAAAAAGUAUAAGACAGUGGGAUAUCAGAAAGUUGAGAAUAAGGUGAUAUCCAAAAAAGAUUUGGCAAAGGGAAAUUUAGGCAGAAAGAAGCAAAAGGUAUUCUCUGCGCAAAAGUACACACAAUCUCUUCACAAGGAACAUAUAAAACUAGCAUUCGAACCUUUAAAAGAAGAGAAAAAUGAAGUUCGAACCAAAUCUCCUGUCGCGAUCGUGCAUAAGGUUGAAGACAAAAUGCGAAGUAAUGAGGAAAUGGUAAAUACCGAUCCUAACGACAGUGAUACAAGUGCUUCUGAUGCACCAAAAGCCACUAGAUUUUCUGCACGGCAAGUUGCAAGACGUGCAAGGCUCGGUGUCCGAGGAAGAAAUUCUGAAAGUGAUGAUGGCUCUGUCGGAAAUCGAAGUUCGUCACCUUCAGCAUUUCGUAGCAUCAUGGAGGCAGCCAUUGAACGAAAAUUAAACGUGAACAACUUAGAACCAAAAAGACCUCCAAGUAGCGCUUCAACCACGAGUCGUAGCAGCCCAGUUUCUGUAGGCGAAGCAGAAUGCGAAUUCAGUGAUGUAGGAUCGGAAAAUGAUGAAGUUGGGACACCUCCAGUCGAUGUUUGCACGGAGGAUUUUGAUACAUCCGCUUCAUCCAGUUUUAUAGAAGAUUCUCCUGCCAAAUUCCAGUCUGAAGACAGCGCAGCGGCACAAAGGCAGCGAAGUCGAUCACUUAUGGAACUCAUGUGCACUGAAACACUCGACGAUUUCGAAAGUCCAUCCAAAGAGAAAUUGAAAAAUUCUAAACGUAAUUUACCAGUUUUAAUACAAAACAUUACGAGGGUACAUCACGAACAAUCACAAAAUGUAUCUGUUGUGAAACCAUCACCUAUACCUAACAACAAAGAGUCAGCUACCGUAGACUUACACAGGCGGCAAGACAUGAAUAACGAUUAUUAUACCACAAAUGCAUCAUCACUGAUGCAACUUGCGGAUGUUGUAAUGAAACAAGCAUAAAACAAAAUAUAUUAUUUGCACCAAAAUAAAUAAUACAAAUUCUACAUCUUAGUUUUCAAGUUUCAACCACUGCCAUGUCGUAAAUAAUACACCAUGAUGAAAUAUGCUCUGAGUAAAAAAUUUUCUGGGGUAAAUAUAUCAUUUUAUGAAUACAUCCAGAUACGGCUAUAGAAGCCAAAUAAGGUGAAUUUACAAACUUUGAAAAAUGAAAAAUGUUUUCGAACUGAACAUUCGAAACGAUCAAUAAACAUUCAGAACUGGGAAACUUAUUUCUUGGUUUUCCAUAGUUGUCGAAAAAAUUUUGAAACAUUUUGAGACUGAUGAUUUUCGGAUUCCUUGAAAUAUGAAUUUUUUUGUGAUAAUAUUAAAAAGCUUAUUUUAAGAGAACCAAUUUAUUAUAUUGAAGUAUUUUCACAGUGAAAUCCUAGUUCAUGAUAUUUCUACAUUAUACAAGAGAAAAGUUGACACAAAGCUUUGAUCUCGCUGAAAUAAUUAAAAAAUAAUGAUAAAAUGGUAAAUUAAACCCUAAUUCAAUGAUAAUUGAAUCUCUUUUGAACUAGUAUCUUUGGUCCUCCAUAUACUAAAUAUAACCAAUUUCAAAGGUAUAUUAUAAAUUAAUUUCAAUCUGGGCAUCUUUGUAUAACUCAUACUGCGAUCAUUACCAAUACACCUGAAUCAUUAAUUUUGAAUCCCAUACUAAAUAUGUUGCCAUUGUACCAAAGUUCAGAGGUCAAGGUUGUGCUUUUUAAAAAUAAAAAGCCUAUUGCAUUGAAUUUUCAGGGUAAAGCUAAGUAAUAGCAAAUGAGUUAUUCGAAGUACUUGUUUUUGUUUGUUGCAUUCUGUACUUUCCUUUUCUUUUAUAUACUGCAAAUUGGUCCUAUUUUGUACUUUUUAUAGCUUAGCUCUUUUUUGUUCCAUUCAUGCCAAUUUUCAAUCGUUUUGUUGUACUUCAUUCACUUCGUCACGACAGACUUUUUUCAAUUUCAUUUCAAAUAUUUUUCGUUUCAUAAUUUUUAUCCUAUUUCCAGUUUUAAUCUUUUCGAUUUUAGAGCCUCUGACAAUUUAUGUAUUAGGUUUGAAAUCACAAGGAUGGUGAUUUUCUCAAAAAGUAUUAAGAAAUUCAAGUAGGUAAAUUUAACAGAUGUUUUCAAAUAUAUUUUUCUGUUGGAAAUGUCAAGUUGAAAAUUUUUUUUAGGCUGAAUUCGGCUUCGGCGAUCAAUCUGACUUAUAUAUAAACACAUUUUUGAACUGAACAAGGCUUUAACCAUACAAUAUGUAGGUUCAGAUCCACUCUUUUUCGAAUAGUUUGUUCCAUCACCUCCCUAUAUGCCCUUUAAAAUUGGGUGGGCCAUUUAGAUACAAGUAGAUUUCGUUAUCUACAAAACAAUGUAGUUUUCUACCUAUCAAUGUUUGCUUGUUUAGUGCCUCCUUCAGGGCGUGUUGGUGUUUUGUUAAGGAAUAUGUGGAAAAAUAGCCUUCCCACCCUGUCACUGCCUGAACGAAGUGGUGUACGGAGUCCUUCGAAUCCGGUAUCUUUGAUCGGCGAUUGCGUAAUUCUUCUGAAACGUAUUCUCUCUUAUGGUUGAACUCUAAUUAAAAUCGUAUCUUAUCUCGUCUUAUUGUAAAAUAUUGUAUCAUAACAAAUGACAGGAAUAAAAACAGCAUUAAAUGAGGUAUUGUAUUAUAUAUAUUAUAAAUACAUAUAUUUUUGAUGGAAAUUUGAAUGUUUUAUUUCUUAGUUAUUAAUGGUGACUCAGUCGUUAAUAAUUUUUAUGCGUUUCCCAAUAUGAUCGUUCAUUCGAAAUUUUCGUAGGAUUUAACAGGUUAUCUUCAAAAAUUUCUUAACUGUUACCAAAUUCCAGUUUACCACGAAUAAAGUUAUAUGCCCUCCGCAUGGUCGACUGCACAUCAAUUUCACUACAGUACCACCCCAUUUUUGUGCCUUUCCUGGGCGUUGUAUUAUACUAUUAAAUGCAUUUUUGCGUUUCUAUUUCCUCUAUCGCUUCAAUUUCUGUUUUCUUGACAGCUUUUUUUUAUAAAAAUUAUGUUGUAUUUUUUUGUUGUUUCAAUACAUUUGAAAAGCUGUUUGU